UUCACCGCAGUUCCAUUCCAUGCCUUUUUUCUUUUUUCCUCUGCCUUCCAAAAUUUGUCCCGCUUGAGCAAAUCUUUCUUUCUAUAUGCUCAAGAAAGAAACAAGUCUGAUAUCUAUAUUUGCCCUAGUUAUAUACUCCUCUUGAGUUCACUGAUCCUCCACUACUUUAUGAAUUCCUUCGCCUGCUCUUAGGUCUUAACAUUGCCUUGUGAGACUUGUGACAUUACAAAUUUUAAUUUGAGUCUCUAUAUUCAAGCUGCCCUCGUUUAAACUUUACAAUGGCGGUUGAGAAAAUUUUCAAAAGUGAAGCUACUGAAGAAAAAGGAGAGCGUGCCAGAUUGGCAUCGCUUAUUGGUGGUAUGGCUGUUGCUGACUUGGUCAAGACAACUCUGGGGCCAAAAGGAAUGGAUAAAAUCUUACAGUCGACAGGCAGAGGUCAUGAAGUCACAGUAACAAACGAUGGGGCCACCAUCCUCAAGUCCCUUCACAUUGACAACCCAGCUGCUAAAAUCCUUGUUGAUAUCUCUAAAGUUCAAGAUGAUGAAGUUGGUGAUGGAACAACUUCUGUUGUUGUUUUGGCGGGGGAACUCUUGAGGGAGGCAGAAAAGCUGUUGGCAGCAAAAAUUCACCCGAUGACAAUAAUAGCAGGUUUCCGAAUGGCAGCAGAAUGUGCUCGCAAUGCUUUGUUGCAAAAGGUUUUGGAUAACAAAGACAAUGAAGAAAAAUUCAUGGCUGACUUGAUGAAGAUUGCAAGGACUACUUUGAGUUCCAAAAUACUAUCACAGGAUAAGGAAUACUUUGCAAAACUGGCUGUUGAUGCAGUUAUGAGAUUACAGGGUAGCACAAACUUAGAGGCUAUUCAAAUUAUCAAGACGCCUGGAGGUUCACUAAAGGAUUCCUUCUUAGAUGAAGGAUUUAUUCUUGACAAGAAAAUCGGUGUUGGACAACCAAAGCGAAUAGAGAAUGCAAAGAUUUUGGUGGCCAAUACUGCAAUGGAUACAGACAAAGUAAAAAUCUACGGGGCACGUGUUCGUGUCGAUUCAAUGUCCAGGGUUGCUGAAAUUGAAGCAGCUGAGAAGCAAAAAAUGAAAGAAAAGGUGGAUAAGAUAAUAGCACAUGGAAUUAACUGCUUCAUUAACAGACAACUGAUUUACAAUUUCCCUGAAGAACUCUUUGCAAAUGCUGGAAUUCUUGCAAUUGAGCAUGCUGAUUUUGAUGGAAUUGAACGUCUUGCUUUAGUGACUGGUGGUGAAAUUGCUUCAACAUUUGAUAAUCCAGAGUCAGUUAAGCUUGGUCACUGCAAGCUUAUUGAGGAAAUUAUGAUUGGUGAGGACAAGUUGAUUCACUUUUCAGGUGUUGAAAUGGGUCAGGCAUGUACUAUAGUACUGAGAGGUGCAAGCCGUCAUGUGCUUGAUGAGGCGGAAAGGUCCCUGCAUGAUGCCUUGUGUGUGCUGUCUCAGACAGUCAACGACAGCAGGGUUCUACUUGGAGGUGGAUGGCCUGAGAUGGUGAUGGCAAAGGAAGUCGAUGAAUUAGCUCGAGUGACUCCUGGGAAGAAGUCCCAUGCUAUUGAAGCAUUCUCAAGGGCUCUCAUUGCAAUUCCUACUAUCAUUGCAGAAAAUGCUGGUUUGGACAGUGCAGAGUUGGUUGCACAGCUUCGGGCAGAGCACCACAAGGAGGGGUGCACAUCAGGAAUUGAUGUGAUAUCUGGAUCUAUAGGAGAUAUGGUAGAGCUAGGCAUUUCUGAAGCAUUCAAAGUUAAGCAUGCUGUGCUGCUCUCUGCAACUGAAGCUGCUGAGAUGAUCCUUAGAGUGGAUGAAAUCAUCACUUGUGCUCCACGCAGGAGAGAAGAUAGAAUGUGAAAUUGGGUGGAUCCUUGGCUGCACAAAGAUAUCUGCUGUGACGCAUCCCAUCCUGGUUUUGAAUUUUCCAUGCUCAAGUUUUACUUUGAUAUUAUUAACUGCUGAACUGUUUUGGCUUUUAUUAUUUGUUGUGCUGUGAAGCUUUUGUUUUCGAAGUUAAUAGCAAUGCAAUUGGGGUGUUAGCAUAAGGACUGAAGAAGAUGAUAAUUCAAUUUUGAUUGUGUACUUUUAGGAGAACAUAGCAGAUUGUAGAAUGCCCGACCAUACUGUACCAAAACAAUGUUUCCGAGAAAGAAUAUUUGGUUUUUCCU